AUGAACCAUGUCACACUGGCAUCUGGUGCUGGAGGUGACGACAACUUUUCUUUGCGGACAUAUGAGGGGUUUUCUAUGGAUUGGGUGGAUGACAAAGCCUUUUGCCCUGAUAUUUUGCAUGAAGGUGGGGAAUACGGUGAUUCCAUUCAUUGUGCCUUCGAAUCACUCCAAGGGACACUCUCUGGUAAACAUAAAGCUUAUAAUUGUGGCAAGCAACAUCAAUGGCAAAGGCUGCAGUCCAUGUACAAGCACUGGGACAAGAUUAUCCCCAGUCUUGCUCAUGCAUUCCUUGAGUGGAAACAUAGAGGAUCUUCUGCAACAGGUUACCGUUGUGUGGACGUUUGUGAUACAUUUCCAGACCAACAUUCUCUGCAAGACAUAGUCCAACUUCCUCAUGAGAAUGCCAAUAUCUCACUGCCGAGACAUGGCCUUCUUGGAUGCUCCCCAGUCAAGCCAAGUGUAGAAAUUGACCUCAAGGUAUUGGAGUUAUACCAAAGGCUUCAGCGGCGGCAUGCUCAGAAUAGCGAACAGGUCAUGGCCAAGACAUUAUGUGAUCUCCACAAUGAUGUAUCACUCCAAGUCAACAAGGCCUUGGCAAUUGACACUCCAAAUUAUCGGCUCCAGGGUGAAAAAGCCCUUGUUCCUUCAAUUCUUGCUGCAAUGGAUGGAAAUAACUCAGUGAAACAAGCCAUGGCUGCUGGCACAGCUGACAGUCAUAUCUUCAACAGUAACUACCUCCUUUCUCGCACAGAAGUUAAUCAAUAUCAAAAUGAAGUCAAGAGAUCGCUUCAAAAGAAACUGGAGCUACCUGAGCUGAGCAAAGAUAAUAUUGAGCGAGACCUGGACGUGCCAUGGGUUAAAGACAACACCCCUGGAGAUGCUGCUGAUGGGGAGGAUAUACCGUCAGCAUGUGGGAUUCAAUGGAAGAAUACUGCCCCUGAAAACGAGAAGGUGUUGCUGGCGGUGUAUGACAUCUCUGGCAUGUUUGUUGGUGCAUGCCGUCAUGGCAUAAUUAUCAAGGCUUGUGAGAUGGUUCAAAGUGGUGAACUCACAAAAUAUCCCUUAGCUAUUAUUGACCACAUUCUUGACAAUUAUGGAUCUGAUGUAGGGAUUGGGUAUGAUAUUGGGUGCGCUCAUGAAGCCACUAUUGUGGUCAACACAUUUCAUGGAUAUGGCCACAACUGUCUUUGCCAGCUAUGCAAGCACCCACUCUACCUCACUGGAUAUGGCCUUGAAGACCUUGAGACCCUUGAACGGGUUUUUUCAGCGUCUAACUCUGUUGCCCGUGGUAAAUUUCUGUACAAUAACUAUCAACAAGCACUGACAAUAACUAAAGACUAUGUUCCACACGUGUCCGCAAUGACUUCUGAGUUGGGCAUACAUGAGGACUCUAUCAAGGACUGGAUUAAAGCAGAACAUGACCUGCUAGAAAAUCUCAAAGAUGAACCUGAAGAAUGGGUGCUGGCAAGUGCAUAUGUGUGUGCUCUAAUUCAGAGAAACAAAGCAGAAGGUGUUUCAAUUGGCAGGGAAUCAAAUUAUACACAACUAUCCAAAGACACACAGUGUAUUGAAAUUGCCUGGCAAACAGCAAUCCAGGAGCUUAUUGUUGCUAUACGAGCUGUUGGUGAUAUUGAGGAGAAGAUGGCUAAUAUGGCUGGAACUGGAUACAAACUUCAAGUUGCUAUUGGAAGAGCAAUCAAAACUCGCAGAAAAGCCAUACAAACUGCAUUAGCAAAGUACAAUUCUCUCGCUGCUCAGAUGAUUCCUCCUACGCCAAUCUUACAGUGGUCAAAUAUCAUUAACUAUGGUUUUGCUAGCAACCCAAUCCUAGCUGCUGAGAUAGAAGAGAUUCAAAAGAGGCAGUUGAGGGUGGAUUCUGUCCAUAUUGCAAGGCUCAACGCGAUCAAGGCCUUGCCAGGAUUUAGUGGCAUCCAAGGGUUGGGUGUUCAGCUCUGCAAUUCCUCUUGUUCAUCUGGACCAGAUAUUCUCAGUGACAGUAAUGUCAUAGAUAGUGCUAAACGCCAGCAUAUUGAAGAUGAUAUAUAG